AUGGGGGGCACAACAUCCCGCCCCGCCGCAACCUCGCCAGUCCUUGCCCCAGCCGUGGCGCCCGCCCCGCAGCCUGUCACCACCGCCGCGGCUGCUGCGACUGCUUCCAGAGUGACCGCCACACCCUAUGGCAGCCCGCCGCCGCCCGUCCUGCACCUCGAGCUCACAACCGCCGCACCAGGGCAGCUGCGCGGCGGCGGGCGCGUCGUCAUUGUAGGCGACGUGCACGGCUGCAGCGACGAGCUCACGGCGCUGCUGGCCAAGCUGGGGUUCAUUGCUGGCCUCGACAACCUGCUGCUAGUGGGGGACCUGGUCAUCCGCACCGCGCGGGAGCUCGGCGCCUGGGCGGCGCGGGGCAACCACGACGACGCUGCGCUGGCCGCGCACAGGGAGAUAGCAGCCGGCAGGGACGUGCCGGGGAAGCACAAGUGGGCGGCAGGGCUGAGUGAAGACCGAGAGGCCCUGGACUACCUGACAAGAUUGCCGUUCUCUAUCAGCCUGCCGCAGCUAGGGUUGCUUGUGGUGCACGCGGGAGUGAUCCCUGGUGUCAAUCUGGCCAGCCAGGACUUGGCAGUGCUCUACAAGAUGAGGGAUCUGACGCGGCUGGCCAACGACGCGUCCUGGGAGUGGCUAGAAAAAGGCGUCAAAGGCGGCGGCUCGGCGGCGUGGGCCAAGUGUUGGGACGGGCCACAGCACGUGGUUUUUGGGCACGACGCGAAGCGGGGGCUGCAGCGCGAGCGCGCCGCCACGGGCCUCGACACUGGCUGCGUUUACGGCAACUCCCUGACCGCCUGCGUGCUGCCGCCGCCGGACGGCCUGGCGUCGUCCGAGGCUCUGCGUGCGAAGUUGUCGGCGCGGAGGCCGCCCAGACUGCAAGACUUGGGGGCGGAACUGGUCAGCGUGCCGGCGGCGCGUGUGUAUGCCAAGAAGGACGAUGACGGCAGCGGCGGCAAGGCAAGCAAAGAGGGUGGGAAGGAGAAGGGGAAGGAGGGCAAGGAUGACAAGGAGGGCAAACAUAGAAAGGAGGGGGAGGCGGGCAAGGGCAAGGGAAAACAGAAAGGCAAAAGCAAAUAG